AUCUCAUCAACAGUGUGGUACCUUUUACCAUUCAGUAAAGAUUAAGGACAUGUUCUUUGGUCAGCAACCAGAACUUAAAAUCUGCUGGAAUAAGGUCAGAGACCAUUUCAAUUACAGCUGAGGAAAAUGAAAUUUCCAUUUUAUUUGGUGCCUUGUACAGGGAGCACACUAACUCUUAACAGAAAGGUCUGAGUGAAAAGAGAUUGAGUUCGUCUAAUAGAAACUCAUGGUUAUGGCGAGUGACCCAACGUGAUUAGAGGGGGCAAGAGCCACACAGGAACUCAUGACGGGCUAUACCAUGUUGCGGAAUGGGGGAGUGGGGAAUGGAGGUCAAACCUGUAUGUUACGGUGGUCCAACCGGAUCCGACUCACGUGGCUCAGUUUCACGCUCUUCAUCAUUCUGGUUUUCUUCCCCCUUAUUGCUCACUAUUAUCUCACCACUCUGGAUGAGGCUGAUGAGGCAGGCAAGCGGAUUUUUGGCCCAAGGGCUGGUAAUGAACUAUGCGAGGUAAAGCAUGUGCUGGAUCUUUGCCGGAUUCGUGAGUCUGUAAGCGAAGAGCUCUUGCAGCUGGAAGCCAAGCGGCAAGAGCUGAACAGUGAAAUUGCCAAGCUGAAUCUGAAGAUUGAAGCCUGUAAGAAGAGCAUUGAGAAUGCCAAGCAGGACUUGCUUCAGCUCAAGAAUGUCAUUAGCCAGACUGAGCAUUCUUACAAAGAGCUGAUGGCUCAAAAUCAGCCCAAACUUUCUUUGCCUAUCCGAUUGCUUCCAGAGAAGGAUGAUGCCGGUCUUCCUCCCCCAAAGGUCAUACGGGGAUGCCGGCUGCACAAUUGUUUCGAUUAUUCUCGCUGUCCUCUCACCUCUGGUUUUCCAGUCUAUGUAUAUGACAGUGACCAGUUUGCCUUUGGCAGCUACCUGGAUCCUUUGGUCAAGCAGGCUUUUCAGGCUACAGCACGAGCCAGUGUUUAUGUUACAGAAAAUGCGGACAUUGCCUGCCUUUAUGUGAUAUUAGUGGGAGAAAUACAGGAGCCAGUAGUGCUUCGGCCUGCUGAACUUGAGAAGCAGCUCUAUUCUCUACCACAUUGGCGGACAGAUGGACACAACCAUGUCAUCAUCAAUCUGUCGCGGAAGUCAGAUACACAGAAUUUACUAUAUAACGUCAGUACAGGCCGGGCCAUGGUGGCCCAGUCUACUUUCUAUGCUGCCCAGUACAGACCUGGAUUUGACUUGGUAGUGUCACCACUAGUCCAUGCCAUGUCAGAGCCCAACUUCAUGGAAAUCCCACCACAGGUGCCAGUUAAGCGGAAAUAUCUUUUCACCUUCCAGGGUGAGAAGAUUGAAUCACUGAGAUCCAGCCUUCAGGAGGCCCGCUCCUUUGAAGAAGAAAUGGAGGGUGACCCUCCAGCCGACUAUGAUGAUCGUAUCAUUGCCACCUUAAAGGCUGUACAGGACAGCAAGCUAGAUCAGGUCCUGGUAGAAUUUACCUGCAAAAACCAGCCUAAACCCAGUCUGCCUACUGAGUGGGCACUGUGUGGGGAGCGUGAGGACCGCUUAGAAUUACUGAAGCUUUCCACCUUUGCCCUCAUUAUCACUCCUGGGGACCCUCACUUGGUUAUUUCAUCUGGGUGUGCAACACGGCUCUUUGAAGCCCUGGAAGUUGGUGCUGUCCCAGUUGUGCUGGGGGAGCAAGUCCAGCUUCCCUACCAGGACAUGCUGCAGUGGAAUGAGGCAGCCCUGGUGGUGCCCAAGCCACGUGUUACCGAGGUUCAUUUUCUGUUACGAAGCCUCUCAGAUAGUGAUCUGCUGGCUAUGAGGCGGCAAGGCCGCUUUCUCUGGGAGACGUACUUCUCAACCGCUGACAGUAUUUUUAAUACCGUGCUGGCUAUGAUUAGGACUCGCAUACAGAUCCCAGCUGCUCCCAUCCGGGAAGAGGCGGCAGCUGAGAUCCCCCAUCGUUCAGGCAAGGCGGCUGGAACGGACCCUAACAUGGCCGACAAUGGGGAUCUGGACCUGGGGCCAGUGGAAACGGAGCCGCCUUAUGCCUCACCCAAAUACCUCCGCAACUUUACUUUGACUGUCACUGAUUUGUACCGCAGCUGGAACUCUGCUCCAGGGCCUUUCCAUCUGUUCCCCCACACACCCUUUGACCCUGUGUUGCCCUCAGAGGCCAAAUUCUUGGGCUCAGGGACUGGAUUUCGGCCUAUUGGUGGUGGAGCUGGGGGUUCUGGCAAGGAGUUUCAGGCGGCACUUGGAGGCAACGUUCCACGAGAGCAGUUCACGGUGGUGAUGUUGACUUAUGAGAGGGAGGAAGUGCUUAUGAACUCUUUAGAGAGACUGAAUGGCCUCCCUUACCUGAACAAGGUCGUGGUGGUAUGGAAUUCUCCCAAGCUACCGUCAGAGGACCUUCUGUGGCCCGACAUUGGCGUCCCCAUUAUGGUGGUCCGGACUGAGAAGAACAGUUUGAACAACCGAUUCUUGCCCUGGAAUGAAAUUGAGACAGAGGCUAUCCUGUCUAUUGAUGAUGAUGCUCACCUCCGCCAUGAUGAAAUCAUGUUUGGGUUUCGGGUGUGGAGAGAAGCACGGGACCGCAUUGUGGGUUUCCCUGGCCGUUACCAUGCGUGGGACAUCCCUCAUCAGUCCUGGCUCUACAACUCCAACUACUCCUGUGAGCUGUCCAUGGUGCUGACAGGUGCUGCCUUCUUUCACAAGUAUUAUGCCUACCUGUAUUCUUACGUGAUGCCCCAGGCCAUCCGAGAUAUGGUGGAUGAAUAUAUCAACUGUGAGGACAUUGCCAUGAACUUCCUAGUCUCCCACAUCACUCGGAAACCCCCCAUCAAGGUGACCUCUCGGUGGACUUUCCGAUGCCCAGGAUGCCCUCAGGCCCUGUCACACGAUGAUUCCCACUUUCAUGAGCGGCACAAAUGUAUCAACUUUUUUGUCAAGGUGUAUGGCUAUAUGCCCCUGCUGUACACUCAAUUCAGGGUGGACUCUGUGCUCUUCAAAACCCGCCUGCCCCACGACAAGACCAAGUGCUUCAAGUUCAUCUAGGGGCAUUGCAAGUUAUAGGGAGAGGAUGAGCAGAGAGGGGGAGAUGGCUCCUAAGGUUCCUAGAUAUUGAAGGACCUCAGGGACAUCCGCUGGGUGGGUGGCCCACGCCCUCUGCUGGGAGAGGUGGCAGGAAGAAUGGAAAGGAAAUAGCCUUCUUUCUCUUAAAGUCGGCCACACUGGGCCUGGAACCCUGGUCCCAAGGACACCGGGGUUCCCUAUACAGGGCACUGACUGAUAGCUUACACUGAGGACCAUGGGGACUCCGGAGAGUCACUCACGCAGUUCAUAAGCCCAGGAAGCUGGUUUGUGAUUUUUAAA